AUGAAGCGAGCGCGCUCUCUGUCGGCGGACGGCAGCGAGUCGGCCCCGGAGCCUUCCACGGCUUCUCUAUCGAGCAGCGCGGUCACUGACCUGUCGCCGUCCUCGUCUUCGUCUUUGUUGGCUGUGGAGGAAUACGAGGAGCCGACGGCAACGCCGCUUCUCUCGAUAUUGCAACCGGUGCUGGCGCACUUGAAGGAGAGGGAGUUAUUCGCUGAUGCCCUCCGCCGGUACUCGGGUACGAAAGCCGCGGCAUUCGACGCGCUCGCCCAACUCCACCAAGCGGCCAUGACGCAGCACGCAUUUGUGAUGAUGCGCAUGACGCGCGAGGCGAUCCUUCUCAGGGCACUUGAGGAGGCCCGCCGCACCGGCAUUGCUCUCCCACACGUGUGGAUGAUGCGGUGGAAGGCUAAACCAACUGCUGAGCACGGGCCCUUUGACGAUGACGUCAUUCAGCAGUGGGGUCGGGACGGCUAUUUCGGCAAGAAGGAGGCAGAGCUUUGUGACAUCAACGGCGUCCGCAAGUAUUGGCGGCCAGCACUAUCGGUGGCGCCCGGUGUUUGA